AAUAUCUUAGGAUGUACCUUGUGUAAGUAGUAAGUUUGUUUGAAAAGCGAUGGCGCUUGGCGUUGAUUUGCGCUGGCACCAUCGCCGCAAGUUGCGGUUUCGCAUUGUUGUGUGCUCCUAAAUGUAUUGAGCAGUAAUUUUUCAUGUACAAAUAUUUUGGAUCGUCGUGUUACGUGAAAGUCUUCCCUAAUUCAUCUGUGGCACCUUUGAAAGAGGUCCAGGUUCGUCGACGUCGUCGCUUGCCCCUUCGUUCUUCGUAGUUGCGCUGUUUCGCCACGGGACAGUCCUGUUUUAGUUUGUUGCUGCUCGCACCGGAACAGGUUUUUCGUAAGACUUGACGUUUGGUGCGGGCUAACGCGGCGAGGUGGACCGACGGCUACGAUGUUGUUUUGGUUAAAAUCGACGGCCGCAGAAGAGUGCUUGCCACGUACCUCUUGUUCAGUAGCCGGACCAAGAAGUAGGGGAGGGGUGGCGCUGGCAGAUAUCGAGCCGGUGUGCUAGCAAAAGCGAACAAAAGACGGAGACGCGAACGGAUACGGAAAAAAUGGAGAGGCAAGAGGACAAGCCCAAGCCGGAGGCUGGCUGUUUAGCCUCUCACGACGUUGCUGCCGUAUCUGGAGGUUGGUACCGCAAGAGGAAGCGAAGGUGGAGAAGGACCAGGAGGGACUUGUAUGAAGACGCAAACUUCUCGAACUGUUGCUGCUGUUUUCUGAUGAACGCACCUCCGGUUCUCGCAUCAAGAUGGUAUUCCUACGUCUUGCAAAACAAGAAAGGCACGACGACGGCGCGUCAACAGUGGCGCAAAUUUAUUUAUCUCAUCCUUUGCACGGUUCUCGUUCUCGGUCUGUCGAUGCAAGAAGUUGCGGCCUCGACAGCGUCUGCAUCGAGCACCUCUUCAUCUCCAGUGCAAUAUCGCCAGCAAAUAUGUUGUCGGGGUCUCGAAGAUUGCGCGAGUUAUCAUGCCGGUGGUGCAUGUGCACGUCCCGCCGCGAGGCCUAAAAAGCAUGGCCUAGUAGCGCCACAGGUUUUGCCGGCAGGGGCACCUUGCACCGCCGAUUUUGCAAGCGGAAUGUCUCGCCGACCUGUCCCUGGCAAGAGAUAUGCGGCUUCUGCUGCUCAUGUGCAAUGCAGGUUUUUGUCUGUUGGCCACGACUUCUUGCAGGCACGAUCACAAAUCCGCACUCUUCCAAACCCAGAAAUAUUUGCAGUCCAUACGCAGGUGCCGCAGCUGAUUAUGAGCGGCGCGAAUUUUCCGACGUUGCCUUGGCAAUUUGUGAAUGCGCUCGAGAAGGUAUGGAAGUGUCUGGGUUGAAAUUAAUCUUUCGACAAUGCACUAUCCCUGUCCGGGUUGAAGCUGAUAUUAUUUCCACAAUAGUUUAUUUUGACGCACAGAAAUAAAAUCGGCACCCUGGUGUAUUGUUCUAUUAGAUCCCCGCUUCCCGCCGAGUGGCAGAUCAGAAAUUCUUUCAAAUUUUGAAUGCAGUCAAAUUCCAGUUGUCAUGCCGUUUGGUCGUGCUCGUGCAAACGGAGCUGCUCCUGUCAAUGUGCCGCUUAGCAACCACGUUCUUCAUCUUGCCCCUUAUUUGGCAUACAAUCGGCAACGGCAUAGUUUGCUUGCUCUCCAAUACAACAAGCACUCUAGUACUGUGCCUAGCAUUUCACUCGUCACUGGCCGUUUGAGCUUUGUCGAUAAUUUCGACCUUUGCGCUUCCAUAGGAGGGCGACCCCUUUGCCUGCGGCAACCCCGUGGCGCAACAUUUGCCGCAAAACAUAACGCCGGUGCCUUUCGAGUGGAUGUUUUCCAAGGUCAUCAUGUGCCGACAGUACGUGAAUGGUACCACGAACGCCAGCACGGCUUCUGAAGCCAAUAGCUCCACAACUUUUAAUGCCAGCAAUGCAAGUUCAAGCGGAAGGCGGCUCAUGACCGAUUCGGGUUUUUUCGUUUUGGAGGACGAAGAUGAUGUUGGCUCGCCCAUGGAACUUGACGCAACUGGAGAAGAAUUCGAAAAGGACGACGCUUACCCCCGAAAAAGAACGAGCAGAGAGCGACAACGGAAGUUGAGCACUUCGUCGGCCGCAACCUCCACCGAAGCGCAGACGGUUGUGGAGCUGCAGGAAUUCGUAAUAUCGAAUGUGUUGAUGCCAGACACGCCGCCAAUGCUUUUCCCAGACGACAAGGUGACGCUUACACUCUCCUGCGGCGGCCUCGGGUGCAGCCCCAACUUCUUUGGGUUUUACUCCCGCACGCCAGACUGUGCCCAGCCAGCUACUGAGGUGCAACGGUUCGAGGGCACGGGUGCAACGUACUACAACUUGACGGAGGUGUAUCCAGAAAAACAAAACAACCCAGCAUCUUCGCAAGGCCUUCGUUUACACAUGGACAUGCACUUUGCGAGAGAACAACAACUCAAGGAGUGAUGCGUGAAAAUAAUGUAUCGUCUUCGUGGUCAAGCUACUUAAGCGCCACAGUAUUUUUUUUUACAUUUUCACGUUAUUUCUGUAUUACUAUACACACGCGAACACAAGAAUAUGAUUGAAUUUGUCACUGUCAUUCCGGAGUAAUUUCUGAUGCAGCCGCAGCGCUUCGCCACCUUCCAACAGUGUGAAGAUAAUUGUGCUGGUGUAGAUAUUUUUUUUCCUGGACAAAUUGUAUCUGACGCUGGAUCUGCGAAAGUUGUACGGCUUUUACUACGUGUGUUUUGCACGGAGCGAAGCGCCCGAUUUGCGGGUGAUCAGUUUGAGUACGGGACUACACAACGCAAGCUUCGCUCCCGAUUCCUUCGGACCUGCAAGCCGGGUGCCGAUGGUGGAGCACGGUGUGGCUCAUCGCCUGGCAGACAGUUCUACCAGCAUGUUGGUGGAUCACACCGGCGCGGGGCAGGAAACGGAAACCCACGCGCAGUCCUCCACCGCAACGGCGGAAAGCAUGGGGGUGGCGCCGCCGGACGAAACGGCUCACGAUUACUUGUUUUCCGGUGAAUUCUACGAAGGUCACUUUGUGACCGGGUUUCCGCGGGACCGGAACCCGAAGUUGCAGUUCGUCAAGCGAUAUGCGGGGCGGGACCAGAUAUACUAUCUGUCGCACGCCAUCUACCCUGGGCACGCCACGCUGGACGGCAAAUUGACGUGGCACUCGAUUCCGGACGUGGUCUGCAGCGGCAUCCGCGUGUUUGUCUUCCCCGCGCACUCGUGGGAGUACAACUUUCGCGGACCCCGGCCGAUCUCGCUUCGCAGCCCCGAGCCCGCGGUUUUUCCUCCCGCGAACUACUACAACCCGGGUGGAGGUGCUGGCGCCGUCGACCCGGCGGACGAGCUGAGAGCGACCUUCCUGGUACUCCGCAGCAACAGUCCAGAUCCCGUGGAGUUCUACCUCGCCAAUACGACGCGGUCGGAGGAGGAUUUCGAGCCCAUCUCGCCCUACCGGCAGACCUCGUUUUGCGGGACGCCGGGGGAGAUCGUGGAGUCCACGCGCACCCUCUUUCGCUCCGCGCCGAGCACGGACGCCCGGGCCACCGAGGGGUACCCACCAAACGAGUACAAGCUGUUCGCGUACGUAAACACCAAGGACCUGAAGCCCCGUCGGUUUUACACGGUCUGCACGAACGGACUCGGGCAGUUUCAGUUGCUGAAGGUGUGGACCACGGACCUGUUCGCUACCCCGAGCCACCUGACGCCCUACCCCACGACCUCCCUGGUCACCAGUUUGUUCCGCAUGCGCCCGGAAGAGGUCUUCUCCACGGACCGCAUCUUCCUCGGCGACGAGAACUGCCGGGUGGAGGAUUUUUACCUGAAAGCCAUCGGGAACUUCUCGGUCGUGCCAAGUUUGGACUUCGGCCCGCUACCGCCGACCCGCGCGCAGGUGUUGCUGACCAAGUAUCUGAACUACGACGUACAGCUGAACCCCGACCAGGUGGUCAAGUUUCAUUGUCCCAACGCGCGCUCCUCGGGCUGCGUGGAGGGCAAGACGUUCCUUUUCCUCGCGAACGUCACCAAUUACACCGUCCCGCUGGGCGACCGCCGCUACACGGGCAACUGCGAAGAACAGGUCACGCCGUCCGUGCCCGUUUCCCUGGACCGGUCGCAGCUCGUUUUCGGAAACUUGACGGAGUUCGUCAACUUCACCGCCACUGUGGACGUUCGCACACUGACCCCGAUGCAGCGCUACUCCGUCUGCAUUGAUUACGACGGCAGCAGCACAACCUUCAGCUCCCAGGGCGGCACAAAGACCACCGCCUACGCGCCGGUCUUUCUGGACAUUUUGUUCGUCAACCCGGUGUAUGCAACAUUGCAAAAGUAAAAAUAUCUGGUGCACUCCGUAUCAGUCCUGGAAAUUGCAAUUUUCUUCAGUUGUUGCUCGGAAACAAGCAGAUUAUUUGUCAUGCAAAGCUGCAAUUUGUACUUCACUUCUAGUUAAUUUGUGCUUCCUCGCCCACCCCCCGGGGAGGGGAUCCUUGGCCUGUGGCGCUGGGUACGGGUGUCCACUACAUGAUGACGAUGAUGAUGAUAGUAGGCAGGCAGCGAUGCUUUUACUUUUGCAGAGCAUACGGCACGCCGGUUCGUGCCCAAGGGGUUCGUGCACUUCGGGACGCCGUCGACCUUCAACCUUGAGGGUUUUCCGCUGUUCCCCACCACGAGUCCGGACUAUUUCACGACGGUCACCUUUUCCGACGGGACCGUGCAGACGUCAGUGACAGACUCGCUGGAUGUCAACGCGGUGUUCGCGUCCGGGACCAUCCUCGGGGCGCCGCUCACCUCGCGCGAGAUGGUUUUGUACUUUGCGAUGGAGAAAUCUUGUGACGGCCUGACCGACGACACGCCCUUCUACGCGAUUAACCCGGUCGCGAAGGCCGUCACCGUUAUCCCCCGCGGGGCGCACCUGUGCAUGCGGGUCAUCGAACGGUCGAAGGUGACGAAAACCACGAUCGGCAUGUGGACCGGGGAUACGCGGCUGAAGGUGGAGGACGUGUUAGCGAAACACCCGGAAAUCUUCCUGACCAAGUUCCAGAUCUGCGAGAUGCCGGUUUGGAACCCCACUUUAGUGACCCUUCUCGCCACGGGGCGCGAGAUCGCGCUCUACGGCGGGUCUCUCGGCGUGGAGGCCAUUCUGAGCGGGUUCCAGGGCGGCUCGGUCACCGGGUUUCAAGCCUCCAAACUUGGGCCGUUCCUGUGCUUCACGCACUGCGCGGACGUGGAGUCCACGACCCGGAGGCUCUUUCUUUCCUCCUUUCCGCGCGUCGAGCAGCAGCUGCAGAUGGACUACGAGAAGAAGCGCGUGGACCCUAAUUGCUUCCUGUCCGGGAUGUGGUGUCCCAGCGUGUGCGAAACGAAGCUCGGGUUGUACGACAGGGACGCGUUUGCGCUUCGGUCCGAGCUGGUCACGUCCGAGUACGGCACCGGUGACGAGUUUUGGCUAAACCUGCCGAACAAAACCGAGAUGCGUCCCGGGAAACACUACACGCUCUGCCUCUUCUUCAGCGCGCGCGACACCCGCGCCGCCCAGAAUCCGCGGUUUAUGACGCCGCUCGCGUCUCGCCGCGUGUUUCCCCUGCCCUACGUCCAGGGUCCCUACGCGGAGGCAACUUUGCCGAGGAGCAACGAGCUGCCGGAGCUCAACUAUUUUGGCGACUUCAGUAAAACCGGACUGCGGGCGGUGACGUACGAUCCGAGGAACGACACGGUGCUUGCUGGCUCGAUAACGCCGCCCGCGGACCGGAAUUACACCAUCACGGAACAGGAUGUAUGCAUUGCAAAUUAUGCGUCCUCUGGGUCUGGAUGGAUGCACAUUUGUCAUGCUUGGCCGACAAGACUGAACACAGGCUGUCAUGCUUGUCGCGCUACAGUAUCACUUGUUUGUCAUGACAAAAUGCUAUGUGUCAUGCGGGAAACGAACGCGAACGCGUGACCUAGCCGCUCAGAAACUUGUGGUCGUGCGUGGUCCUGUAGUAAAGUUGAUAGAGGCCACUUAUAUACUUCGGACAUUAGUAUCACAACUUUCCUCCAGACGCAGACAUAUUUGCAAGGCAUAGGACGCGCUCGACGACAACUUUACGCAGUUAGUCUCGUCGGGAUACGACGUUUACAUUUCGCCGGUUCUGCAAACGGAGUACCGCAUCGUGAAGCCGCUGCCCAACCAGCAGAUCCGCGUGUUCUGCCCCAUGGUGCACAACGAGGUGAUUUGCCGCAACGACACGGCGCAGUUCUUCCUGGCCGACCACCGGGAUUGCCUAGAGCGCAACCGGCGAACGAGCUACAGCACCUGGCGCGAGGUGCAGUCGGACCCGAACUACGAGACGGGGGUGGGCCACGCCGAGGGCAUCCGGUCCAGCACGUCCGAGCUCGCCCCGAACCUGGACGAGAUCCACUCGGACGAAGUGUUUCUCUCCAACGGGCGGCACUACGUGUUCCACGAGCAGCCGGGCUACUUGCAGCAGAACCGCACGUUUGUCGUCACCAUGGACACCUCCCGUCUGCUGUCCGACUACUUCUACUACCUCUGCGUCGACGUGGAUGGCAUCGACCGACGGCAGUGGGACGAGAGUUACUCGGGCUGGAGCGGGGUUUUGGUGUACGUGACCCCGGUGCACCAGCUGAAAGACAACACGAUCCGCCAAAACGCCUCGGAGCGGAUCACACUUUUCGCGGAGGAGGGGCUCACGCUGGGGUUUCUGGACAAGGUGGUUCCCCCAGACGCCAAUUUGACGUAUGACAUGGAUAGCAGCGUGGUCACCCAGAUGUGCCGGGACAACAGUUCGGAGCGAAAUUUUACUCGGACAACGGCUGCGUCCGCACAAGUCGUGGAAGCCGACCUCGCGUUUGGCACCCUGGAUGGCUUUCUCCGCCCGCUGGUGGAGUACAGCCUCGAGGUGAACGCGUCCGCGCUGCAGGAGGGCGUUCACUACGUCUUGUGCGCCCAGCGCAACCGCAGUCGCGACGUGGCCCUGCAGCAGUCGCUACUACACAACUGGACCGCGUUUGCCUCGCUCGACGCCCCUUCCGGGCGGGACGUCCUGUACGCGCAGGACGGGCAGAGCCCGAUCUACGCGGCGGUCACGGACUUGGCCCGGGUCGAGCACGCCUCGCUGCUCUCCCUUCCCGGCCACCAGGGCGUCACGCUGGAAAGCCAUCAAGUGGUGCCGACGCUCCAGCAGAACAACUGGUAUCCCCUGUCGCUGUUCGGGUCCAGUGACCAGCGGGUGUUCGUGUCUGGGUUCCAGCGCUUCCACAACGUCAGCAUGAUCCUGGGCCAGAGUAACUACAGUGUCAGCUGCACCGCCUGCGAGCUGGUGGGCCGAUACGCCUACAUCAACUCCGAUGCGGAGACCCGGGUGCAUCUGGCCCCGACCGUGGACCAGUGCGGGGAGCGCCCGUGGACGUUCUGGACGUACACGGUGAACGCGCCGCCAAAGUGCAUCGAGGUGUCACCCUUCCCGGAUCUGAUCAUCGAGUGCUUUCCCGACGUCACACGGAAGCAGAUCUGGACCCCUAAUUUCCUGGAUUUCGUCAAGUACGGGGCCUAUUACCAGAUCUGCCUGAAGCACCAGCACAGCCAAUGGGGCAAUGCUGCGGUCGACGAUGUGUACGUGUCGCCGGCGACCGCAGAAGUUGACGUCACUCUUGUCCGCGGGCGGCGAGACUUCUUUGUCACCUUGAGUUGCUACUACGUGUGCCACUUGCAGGAUCCCUCGCGGAACUUCACGACGCACGAUCCGAGUUUGACCACCAUGGAAAAGGGAAACAUACCCUACCUGAAGUACUAUCGUUUCGCCACCUGGGAAAGCAUCGCAGACGCCUACAAUGUGAGCAGCAGCGACACUGCGAUACUAGUGACAAGGUAAGAAAUCAUCGAAAACACAUUACUUCUUGUAGUUUUGAAGUAAGAAGAGCUGUGGAUGUUGAGCUUUUUUUUUGUGCGCCGGCGUGCAGCGCCAGCACGAGUAGCGGGUCGAAGCAGAAGUUGCAGGAGACCAGGGUCCUGGUAGCAAGGCGCACUGCCGGGUAUUGUGCGAGCGGCAUGGCUUGACAUUCAUACACUCAUAAGUCGUGCUUGCUAUAGUGCUAUAGUAGAAGCCCGGAAAAACUCACGUGAACAUCAGAUACUGCACGUCGGAGUGCGAUCACGCGAAGGGAUUUUUGCGGCCCAUCGAGCAAAAGACGUGCGACCGCUCCGCCACCCACGGCAUUGCAGUGGAUCCCCUGCCGGGCGACAAUUUCAACAAAACGAUCACCACGGUGCUGCAAAAGAGUGGCACUCCCGCAGAAUGGAACGAGCCGCUCCUGAUCGAACGGAGGAUUACGGGGAUCUCAGACGUUAGAUUCUCAAGAACUGUAUACAUAAUUUGCCAUGCAAAAUUGCCAUCAGCGCCCACCCCCCGGGGAGGGGAUCCUUGGCCUGUGGCUCUGGGUGCGGGUUUCCACUACAUGAUGAUGAUGAUGACACGGCCAAACUACUUCGCACGACAAAUCCUCAAAGAGCUAAAUAGAAUUGCUAUCUGCGCCGCACUUGUGAUGUAACAGUUGGAAGCUCCCGCCCGUUUCCCCUUUCAACUGUUGCCAUUCUCGCAUCACAAAUUCAUGUAUACAGCUGAGAUUAUCAGUAACGUUUUAGAACGCCAUAAGGAUGAGGCUGCUCGUCGAGACGGAAGCGUACGCGCCGCGGGCGUACUACGGGGUCUGCCUCAACACGGGCUACGGCCCGGGUCCGGUGCCCACCUCGGCUAGCAUCUUCGUGCGCGACCAGGGUAUCAAGAAGUUCCACACGGUCGGAUUUGUGUUGGGAAACGCAGAGUACGUUUGGUUUGAUUGCGACGGAUGCGUGCCGGGGGUAACCCGCGCAUUCCUCCAGGAGUACAGCAUCGAUGACAAGUGCUAUCCGCAGUUCUACGAGCUGCGUACGGCGAGUGGGAAAGACGAGGGGCGGCCUGACCCCACGCUGCGGUCCGACAGUUUGUGGCUUCUGGACUCGCGGCAGUUGACGCCCAACAUCCACUACUACCUGUGUCUGGACCUGGACGGAGCGGACAGCGACAUAAUGACCUACGAACUGGUUGACGCGACGUUUCUCGGGACCGAGAUUCACGCCCUGUUCUACAGCAUCAUAGCGAUGCAGUACGACCCGCGCGCUGCGUUCGCGGAGCGGGACCAGCACAUCUACGUGGAUUUGCCCUACUGGGGCACCAACGGCAACCGCGCCUUCUGGAUGCUCGAGCUGGAGCGGUGCCGGCAAGGGGUGAACAUUAACGACAUCCAGGACACGUCCCAGUCCGGCGCCAACUGGAAUUACGAUCCUAACGGACUCGACGACUGGAAGCACAGCCGAGUCUUGGAAGUGAACCCCACGUCGAGUCUCGCUCCCCAGGUCGGGGAGUAUGGCCGUGUCCCGACUCCGCGGGAGGACAGCGACUUGCUGGUGUGGUACGGCAAAACGCACCUGACCAUGUUGCGUUCCGGCUAUUACUACCGGAUCUGCGGCGCGGACCAGCUGGGCCGGGGCAUGGGCGAUACGAAUCUGAAGCUCUUUAUCUCGCCCGUGCUGGAGUUCGCCACCGAGUCCGCCGAGCCGGAGCGGCGGCAGGAGGUGCGGUUUUCCUGCCCCGAAUGUUACGAGAGCGAGACCCUGGCGUUCCUCGACUACAACUGCUCCCAGGCGCUGCAGCCGUUUCUCAAGUUGGCAGAGAUAGAAACCCGCGCGCAAAGUCUGAGUAGCUCCCUGCAAGCCGAGUGGACGUCUUUGCUGACGAGCCUCGAAAACACGCCCUCCUACUACGUCGCCACGAACGACGUGAGCGAGCACAAGUACCCGGACCCGACCGACCACGGGAUACCUGCCCCCGCGAUUUCGCCGCUCGUCGACUUUGUCGCGGCGCACCUCUAUCCGCAGAUGACCACCACGGUGAAGAAAGCGAUCCAUUUGGUGUACGACGCGAACCUCGACACGCCGUUGUUCUUGAUCCCCUACAGCACCAACGUGACCGGCACGAGCGCGGUCAGUCCCGCUCCGCUAGAACCGCCCGGCGAGUUUCGGGCAAUCGUCGGACUGGACGAGGCCGCUCAGCUAUCCACUGCAAAUUAAUAUCGACGAUCUGGGCCCUCGGGGAGAGCUGUGCAUUUGUUUGUGCCAAUGGCUGUGCCAUGCAUCUUGCUUCUGCCAUCAGAAGAUUACAGAUACAGAUGAAACUAGGCAAGAUUAUGCUUUUUGCAUCAGCUGCUUCUAGAGCUGGAGUAUUGGUAUGGCACGCGAAGCGUUAUAGGUUUUGAGAAGCCCGCUCCCAAAACAUGGGUACUCCUGUGAGAAAUAGGGUAUAUCCGUUGCUGGAAAGAGACGUCAGCGCCAUUUGGCACGCGUGCAACACCGAUUUUUGUCUGCACGAGGUGGAGAAUGAGUAUCACAAAGGUGCAAUGAACUCGUGGUCGAGACCCAGACAUACACAAAUUUGCGAUGCAUAGCAACAGGGGGAGUACUACCGCAAGCAGCUGACGAACACCCUCCCGGUGCACACCAACCUGGAGGCGUGUUGCGGGUUUCGGUACCAGCUCGUGUACCACGCUCGAAGCCUUCUUCAGCAGCCACGGUACCCGGUGAGUUUGGGAAACGACACGUGGUCCAUGAGCGUGGACUUUAGCUACGCGGAGAAGGGCCGACAUUACGAGCUUUGCAUACGGAGGAACACCACUCUCCCAAGCGGACCGUCCAACUGGUAUGUUUUCGUGAAUCCGAUCCCGAAACGGCUAGACAUCACGAUCAAGAUGCUGAACCUGGAGCCGGCAAGGCUGCACUGUCCCGUGUGCGCGAAGCGCGCUAACAAUCCCAACGUGUACCAAUCGCGACUCUAUUUGACCGCCGAGCCGGUGUGUAACCCGUCCGGAAAACGCACCGAGGUACAGUACCUGCACACCAGCGCGCAAUUGGUCACAAUCGACGACGUGGUGCCCGGGUUCAACGCGCUGACUCGGCAAAAUGCCAAGGUCAUGCGUGUAUCACAGGUGUACUUGUUACACAACUCCCCACGUUGUGGUUGUCCUUCUCGUUUGUCAUGAAAAAUGCCAUCAAGAGGGAGAGCGGCCACAUCCACCUUUGCCUUGUGACACUGUGUACCGCGUGGCAGGGUCGGAACCCGAAAUUCCAGCGCUAGAGACCUUAAUUACCAAAUCUUUAUUCAAAAAAGAGAGGCUCCUUUGCAACGCUUGGUCCCAGUCAACGCCUGCUGGGACCACGAUCCUAUAAACAUCGUGCCUGUCCGUUUUCAUUCAGGGGUCGGGGGACUGCGGGGAGUUGUGCACUCUGAUAGUGCGGCGGCCAGACUUACAAGAUGUGCAUAGACGUUAUGGAGCUCUCAAACGUUACAUGCUCAACUGUUACAUGAUUUGUCAUGCCAAAUUAAUGAGCAUCAAGAUCAACAUCCACACGGUGAACGUGAAGGCACUUCGCGCAACAACUUUUGGAAGGGUUAAGCAGCAGCAGCACCUAGAAAAUCUGUGCGGAAUUUGCAAUGCUACAAGUUAUGGCAAAAAUCAAUAGAAGAAAGGUCCUCGCACCUGUAGCAUUGCAAAUUCAUGUGAAUAAAGUUGAGAGUGUAACGCUUGAGCGCACCAUAUACGUAGAUGGUCCGGGGCCGCUCGCGCCGCACACGAACCACUGGCACUUGCCGACCAUGCGGUACGGGUACGCCAAACCGCACACGAUUUUCGUGUCCCCCAUUCUAACAGCGCAACGGACCAUCUACGAUGAGGGCUCGCAAACAAUCGACAUGGUCUGCCCGGAUCUGGUGUCCGCAGUAAAUUUCCCGUACACAGCGACGAUGUGCAAAUGCGGAUUCCGCAUCCACGACGAAUCUUAUGCUUGCCUCCCAUGCUAGAAGUCCUCAGUGGGACAAGUCGCGGCGUUACAGCACUCGUCUAAGUUGUUGGCUAAUAGAAAUAAUUUGUGAUCCAUUUUGUGCCACCAGCACGUCGUGUGCGGGAAAUUAUUUGUGUUGCAUAUCUGGGUUGCGUGGACGGGCAAAGCAUCAUCUUCCUGGAGCAGUUUGAGGCUGGGAAGGACCUGCUUUUGAUCUGCAAGAACCAGGGGCUGGACAGGCGGUCGGAUCCGUUGCCGCAGGUGGACGUGGCCAAGUUGACGGCGGUCGCGAACAACUUCCGCGUCACGGUGAACUCGGCCCAACUGGUCCCAGGGUGGUACCGGAUCUGCUUCGACUACGACGGAGUGAGCGGCGCCCUGGUCCCCGGUUGGUCCGAGCACGACGUUUACAACUCGGGGGUGUACAACGCGUUCUCCACGGGCCUCGCCAAAACCACUAGCAUGUCGGUCUUCGUGAACUGCAACGGCUGCUCCGAGGCCACCACCAUCGCCUACUUCAGUCGCGAUUGCGAAGUCACAUACACUAUCCAGAAGAAAAACGUUCUUCCAGCACCUCAGUCUCAGAGUUGUCAUGCAAACGUGCAAGCUUCACAAGUACAAGUUGAAGUUUCUCAUGCGCAGCCCCAUGGGGUGGUGGAGCAUACUGUAAUACUGUCUGGCAGGAGUUUGUCGUGCUAGAAUCAGGGUAAGGAGGUAGAUUUGUAAUGCAGCUACAAUUGCCAAACGCGAUUAAGUACACUGCGAGCGCCAAUAAAACCUUUUAUGCGCGCCAGCCAAAAGUAGGAAAAUCCUGAUCUUGACUCUGAGGUGAGGACGUUUUUGUUCACAAUAUACACUGUUUUUGGAAACAACCGCACACCAAGGCUGAAGGUGGAAAGGAUUACGCAGGUGGGUUUCCCCUACGGGUGGCGGCUCACCGGAGACACCAGUCUGCUCACCUAUUCCUGGUCGUACCGGCUAUGCCUCAGCGUCAGCGGAAACACCACGCAGGAACCUAUUGGGACAAGUUUGAAAUUUUACGUGUCCCCGCUAGAAAAUGUAUACAACUUUUAUUAUAUUGAUUCACAGUCCUCUCGUCUUACACUUCUGAUGUGGCGCUUUGAAAAUAUCUGGUUGCUAAUACUUAAUUGCUUCGUUGACUAUUUCUGCUUCAAGUUGAAGUUGUUCGCAUGGCUACGUACAAAAUUGGGAUGCUUCGUGCGGUGUUUUUAUUUGCCAUAUAAAUAAAACUACAAGAUAUCCACACAACGGAGUCGUGAGUUGGGUACCAGUUAUUUUUCCAAUAUAACCAAACACAGGUGAACAUGAUGACCGUGUUGCCGCUCGAGUUCCUGAUGUAUCGGUUCACCUGUUUUGCCUGCGACACAAGCAUGAUCGCCUACAUUAGUUACCAGUGCGACACGCAGGAUGGGUUGAAUCCGGUGUACCGGAAGGAGGGCUAUUUCGAUUUGUACAUAUGCUCUGCAAAAGUAUCGCACUGGCAGUAAUUGCAGUCAUGCAUAAGAAAUUUUUUUCUUAAGGUGUAUCAGCAUGACAUCCGUUUCCCAUGCUGGGCUAAUUUGUCAUGCGAUUCAAUAUACUAGUAGGCGCGAUACUUUUGCAAUGCAUAGCACACCUCGCAAAGCAACUUUCUGAAGCGAGACAAGGUCCUAUCAGAGCGCAAAACCACUCGGAGACGUCCCCCUCUGCUAGCAUGAACGCCAGGGAAGGCAGAAGCUAUACCAGGAGUGCAGAAUUACACAAAGUUUGUGUGUGAAGAAGAUAGGUUCUUCAUGUUGCACCGACUGCAGAUCUGUAUGGAUGCUCGUUGGUCAUGCAAGAAGUGCUUCCAGAAGGCAACACCAGGAUACAACAGUAAAUGUGGGGAGCCGGAACGUCGAGGAGUUGUGCACAGUCAUAGGGCCGCGCCGAGCAACCGACCGAGUUCGAUUGGGCCCUGGAGAUCGAUGCCGCGAACCCGCUUCCCGGCCUGCGUCUAUCCUGAGUAAUUAAUAGCUGUUGUAGCCGCACUCCCAGGACAUUGUGACAAAUCCACGCUGGUAUCAUCCUGGUUAGGGCAUGGACGACCCUCUCGCAAGACAGUAGAGAACGCCUCUCAACAACAACAUUUGGAGCCGCUUGUAUGAGACGCACACACGACAUGAUAACCCGGGAAUCAUGGAAAUUUGUAUGACGUCAGCAUCUGGUGUGAGUACAACUACGUUAUUUUUACACAGGAUGGCUUCCCGGACGACACUACAGUUUAUGUGUGUUGCAAAACGGUGAAUUGGGAAACGCGGUGCCGAACAUCUACACCACCCCGAUUUUGAAGAAACCUCUGUGGAACUGGCGCCCGUCCAACUUCUCCAGCUCAACCUUCACAGCCGCGAUCGGAGACAAUGUGUGGAUCUACAAUGAGCCGGAGCCUUUGUACAUUCACCCGGGCGGGAUGACGGUGUGUGCGUGGUUUCAAAUGACGCCUUUCGACUAUCAGACCAAGACCAAACCCUUCUUCCCGCUGAAUCCCAUCAUCGAUGGCGAGCGGUACGGCAUCAACAUCAUGGCCAACACGCUGGAGAUAUCUUUUGUAAAGACGACGCACCCGCCAUCCCAUAGUCAAGACGGGAAUUAUUCUGCAAGACAAAUAAAUCCAAAACUUGUAUAUGGGAGUCAUGCGUCGGCGACGUGACAAGCUUGGCUAUAAUGCUGCGUUGCCGUGCCAAGCUAGUCCGGACGCGUCGCAAGUCCGCUCUCUUUUCCUGCACUUCGACUUCGCCCGACAAUUUUACUUACAGACAUGACGUAGACUAGAAAAAUGCCAGCCGGGUCGCGCGAGAUGUUUUGCGCAAGCAGAUUUGCAUGACAAUCCUGAGGGCGCGGCGGGGACGUCUUUACUCAGGACAGGAAAUCAACUUCUUCGUGCGUGACGACAUGAUAUGCGUUUGAAAUAUGUCUGGGCGGUCUGGAAAGAUGCAGGCAAUAUGUCUUUUUCGUUUUUACUGAUGGAAGCAGCUAGACCAGCGCAUGGCAGCAUCAAGUGCAGCUGCAUUUGUUGAUUUACUUCUCCGCCUCUUGGUUGCGAAUUCAUUUUCAUUGGUGGUAAUUCAUGUAUUUUACAGUUUUAAUCGGGCUUGCAGCAGCUCAACCACUGGAAAACUCGCUUUUAUUCCUCUGCAUCUGUCAGAGAUGUCUAUUUUGCCUUCGAAAUCUUGCAUCUCUGACAUUUUUGUAAUUGCGGUUGAUACCUGACGGAGGGCUACAAGAAGGGUAUCACGUGCGGCGUGACCACGGGCAUCCAUCAUGUCUGCGGUGUGUGGCAGGCCACGAGGGAGAGCAUCGGGCAGGGACGUUUUCUGUACUUCACAAGUUUGAAGAUUUUCCUCGACGGCCGCAUUUGCAACGAGAAGCCGUACGAGGGAACCGGCGUGAUAGAAAAGGACUGGGACUACCUGUACACCAUGGUGGGCGCGGAACGGCGCUACAUGACGGAAUUCGAAGGCAGCAUCUGGGAUGCCCGGGUCUACGAUGAACCAUUCCAUGAUCGCCUGAUUUAUUCCCUGAAAAUUACUUAACCAUCCCCGUCCAGUUUGUCACGCUCACGCGAGACAUGUUAGUAAGUAGUAAAGUCACGGCUUUGCAGUCAUGCAAAAACUGUAUGGGAGUGGUAAAUUUUGAGGGAAUAGGAUUGAGCAGAUUUACGAGGAAGGCUACGCCUACCCUGCGCUCUCGCAAUCUCUCGUGCGCUCGAAUGAAACAGACGUACUAGCUUUCAUGCGGGUUUGUUAUCACUGCGAUUUCUAAGUUCGUUGCCACAACAGAAAAGGCCUUUCUUUCUCAUGUUUCUGUUUCCUGUUGUGUUAGUAAGUAGAUUUAUGGAAUGAAGAAUGAAGCGCCAUGCUGCACGACUCCUCUAGUUUUGAAACGAACGUCGAAAUUCAAAAAUACAACAGAUCUACUUUUAUUGUUACGUACCCUGCCUGGGCAGCAAGGUGGUUCUUUCGACUGACUGCGAUGAUCUCGAGGAUCCGAGCAAGCGCGGGGAAUUCGGGUCGGUAACAACGCAGCGGGCUGGUGUAAUGGACAUUCUGCCCACGACACCGGGUGGCGUCUACAUAUCGCACCAAAAAGUGCUAACAUUAGAGGACGGAUUUCGUACCCAGUAAUACAUCAGGAUUCAGGAAAGGCGGCCAGCUUUGGAUGAAUUGCAUGAUAUCAUGCAAGCAUUCUAGGAAUUUUUUUGUCAAUGCCCUAAAGAUUAGUCGAAGCCGUUCUUUGCGCUAGCAUUUUUUUUUGUUUGAUACUGGAAUUUAUGUUUCAAGAUUCAAGACCCGCCGAUCAAUUUUUCGCCGUACAAUCCGAAGUACGGUGACACAGGGGUGCGCGUGUUCGUUCGUCCCAGGAUUCAUCUUGUGCAAGUUGUGAGUAUUCAGGUUUCCAGUGCGCAGGUGAUGGUGAUUCAGGAGGCAACUUCGUUGUUUGCGUGCCAGCCCUUGCUGCCGGAAGAGGUAGGGGAGACGUUCCUGGUGUUACCCACCUGGAUUCGGGAACGGGGCAUCCUCGCGAGUGGUUGGACCCAACUCCCCGCGGAGAAAGCCCUGUCCGAGUAUGGGGUCUCCUCCGACGUGCCGCUCUAUCAGGGAUUCGUUCCGUUGGACAAACUCACGCCAGACGUGGGCUACACGGUCUACUGCGCCGCGCACCUAAACGAGGACGAAAUCUGGAUCCGCCCGUUUCGAACACAGGUGGCUGCGAUCUUUACAGCCAAACUGCGCAUUCACGACGUGCAGCAGGGCCAUCUGCAGUAUGGAAUGCACAAAAACUACUACGUCCCCGCCGUCCCAGCUUCGUCAUCGACAAAUCUGCAUGCCUGAAAUGUUUCUCAUGCGCAGCCUGCCUAUGAGGAGUGUUUUCUACCGCUAGCGUCAGGAGUUUUCGUUUUGGUGUCAUGGCCUGAGUAGCAUAAUGUCAUCGAUUUCUGAUCCAACUGCUUCCGCUUCGCUAAGCACGGCUACACUUCAACUAGGCCUCAAGUUGCAAUCUGCAACAGUCAAACCUAAAACUUCUCGGCUUGUGCAACAGAGUGACACAGCAGCUGUCAUCUUGGCUAUGGGUGCUGGGGGAUGUUUUUACAGACGAUAUGCAGUCGCCCUACCACAAUGGCCUCGUUAUUCGUGCGACGGCACAGGGUUCGACCUUUGUCCAGUGUCGACUCGUCGGGCCCAACCGGAUUUACCUCGCGAACUCUCCAAGUGCGCGGGAAGGCGAAGCGCCCGACGGCAGCACGCUCAACAGCACAGUACCGGGACAAACCAUCUACAAAGGUGUAGUUUAUUGCUCUUCUUGUUAUUCUUGUGAUGUUGUCGGUCGCGACGCUCUGCUCAACAAAGAAAUGGAAAAUGGUCAGAAGUAGUUGUCGUGGUUGAUAACUCCUCUACUAAAAUAUGAAAAUAAUAUAGAAUUGUUGUUGUCGUGGUUGCAGUACUUGCACAAGUCCUUAUGUAUGGUCCUCCUCUGAUGUACUAGUUCUAGUUCUCGUAGUUCUGUGAUCCACAGCACACCAACAGGGCCAUCGUGUUUCAAGUCGAGCGCCGUACCUCCCUACCAGCUGUCGGAUUUCCUGUAUCCGACGACGGGUCCCGAGAACGGGACUGCGGCUGGGUGCGGGUACAGCAACCUCACCUACUGCCCGGACUACUGCAGCGUCGGGAUCGACGGGUUGUACCCGGCCUCGGACUAUGAGUUUGAGUGCUGGACCUUGUCCGUGCCCCACGAGCGCCUGAACGGCACCGGGCGCACCGCGGUGCCCCCGCUCGCGUGCGGCGGGUUUCUGUGCGUGGCCCUGGAUUCCCUCACGGGAAUGUUGACGGAAUGGAACGUGUCCGCCACCCGUUACCUGCCGACCGCCAGCAACUUUCCUCUCCGGACGGUGGACACAAACGGGCAGACCUCCUGUGGUGUGCUGGCCGCCGACGUGCGUGUGGACGUGCAGAUGACCAACCACCACGUGGAGUGUGUGGGGGUGCAGGCAAGUUUGUUCCAGGACACCACCCAGCCGUUCUUCUCCGUCUCCCUCGGCGAGUUCCACAAGUGCAGCGUCAGCCGCGGCCUCAUCGCCAGUUUGAAGUGCGCCGGUGAUGUAUCCAAUCGAAAAGAGUAGUAGCCCCAGUGGUUGUAGUAGUUCCAGAACAUCAAAAAACGUUUCUCUCGCGGCGAAUUUUUCACAUUCAAAGAAGAAGAGCCUCCCUUUGGGGGCUGCUUGCAUGAAAGGAUUGGGACUCGCUCCUGGUGCGGGUCUUUCAGAUUGUGGGCGCGCGAGCACAUGAUCCACGCGUGAUUCCGUACAUGACAAGCUCGAGUUCAUCUUUCUUGGCCUUUUUGCAAUGCAGUUUCUUAUUGAAGAACCUCAACCUGCAUCGAACUCGAAGGCGCGCACUUGUCCACCUCCUGCGGUGGCAACUGUUUCCAGGAGUAGUUGGUGGUAUUGCAGCUACUACGGAAGUAGUGGUCGUGGUCGGGCCGAGUUCUGGACCGGCAACCAGGGGACUUGUUUUCAUGUUGAUAUGACGACCGGUGGGGGCAGUUAGUCACGCUCCGUGGCGAGGAGCUGGUGACCAACUACCUAGACGUUUCGUGCGGCUGGACGCACUGCUGCGCACUGUCGACAACCUUUGCGCUCAAGUGCUGGGGCUACCUGCCCAGCGAGGUAGCCGCCCCCGCGGGGGAGGUGCGGUUUGUGCAGGUGUCCAGCGGCCGCGGCUACAGCUGUGGGGUACGCGCCGACGACCGGCGGGUGCAGUGCUGGGGCACGAACGAGUUCUAUCCCAAGAAAAUGAAUGCGCUUACAUGUUACAGUCAUGCGUUAGCGUUCGGUGGAAAUUCAGCAUCGAAAAGUAAGAAAGUAGUUUCGCACCAUGUAGUGUUGACAAAGAAAGGUUUUCAUUGAGGAUACUAUCCUGAUGAUCUCUGAGUCUGACUCUGCAUGACAACGCAUGAGACUUCUGGGCUCGCGUGCUUAAUAUCCGGCAUGACAGACCUUGCCCGUCGUCUUGCCUAGUCUGCGAGAACGCAUCAAGGCCCGGUGUUGUAACUGUAGUUGUCGUACCUUUUUUCUUUGCAUUCGUUUGGGCAGUCCAUUCCCAGCAACGCCACCCUGCGCGACCUCGCUUUCGAACGGGUUGCGUGCGGGGUUCACCACACGUGCGGGAUUCUGCAAGGCAGCCGGAAGAUAUCACGGGAAAAAGUGUUAACGUUAACGGAAUUUGUGAUGCGGCAACGCAUCACAAAACGUGUCAGAAUUUGUCAUGCAUAGCAUGCAUAUUUAUUGGGCUACAUUUGUGAUGCAUGGCUGCCAUCUGUGAAAACCGUUAACGUUAACACUUUUCCUUGGGAUAGAAGAUCGCGUGCUGGGGCGCGUUUGAGCUGGGGCAGCUGGAUUUGGGUGCGGAAGUGGAGCAGGACGAGUUCAUUAAUGUGGCGGUCGGUUCCUACCACGCGUGCGGAUUGAACCUGCACGGGUUUGCGCGGUGCUGGGGCCCAGGGAUUCGGGAGGACGCCCUGAUUCAGAAUUUUACGCACCAGGCCCUACUGAAACAGGACCCGGACCGGACCUUCGACUACAAUCUGACCGCUCUGCAGGAAGAUUUCGUCUUCUACAUACCGAGGGAGCGAAAGGCUUUGUCCUACAAAACGAUCAACUUUUUGCCUUUGACGAGCAAGUUUGGGUUCGUGUCCGCCGGAAGCGGGGCGUCCGGGAUCCCGAACAAUUUUUCGAUGUCCGACCCGGUAUAUCAUAGGACCAGGUAGUAGUAGAACGGGCUGGCUGAUUUUAGGAGUCGCCGAAGCGGCCACGGAGUUGUCCUCAUCUGCGACGGCGGACUGCGACUGCGACGAGGGAAAUAAUUAUAUGGAUACAUAGACGUAAGAAAUCAAAUAAUCUUGGAAGGAAACAACGCGAACCACCACUGACGAAUUUAUCUAGAAAAUAUACAAAGAGGAACAGAGAGGCACAGACAGAAAAUGGCUGUGCCAAGAAAUCUUCAACUUUGCAUAGCCCCUGCAGACACGACAGAAGUAGCAGCGCGGAUCCGUGCUCUUUUCUUUGUAGCGCGAGACCGAAACAGACCUUUUUUGUACACGUCACGUAUAUUGGAGCAGAAGUCAUUUUGAUUUGAAAUUGCUAUUUACCGCGAAGAGCCCGUGCACAAGCUGUAUCUUGUUUUUUUUUCUUUCUUGCAACAAGCCACCGUAAAAAUGAGGUAAAGGUGCACCUUUUUUCUUUUCCUAAGCUCACAGACGGAUUCUCCCCUGGGCCCUAAGAACGGUCUAGUCUAGCAUCUUUUUUCGAAUCGGUUGUGUACAAGUAGAUUUCUAGCGGAGGUGGACUAAAUCACGAAUCUCGUGCAUCUUGUGCUGGAGUGUUUUCUAUACAACUGCGAUGAAACUCUUCGACUCUCCCGCCACGAGAGACUUAUUGAUGACUCCAGUACGGGACCGCUAGCGAUACUUUGGUAUUAGCAUCAGGAUCAGAUCAUCGGCGACGAUCACGC